GCGAUCAUGGGGGAGGCCCUGGAGCACGUCUUCAUUCCCGUAGGGCUGCUGGUGUGCCUGGUCUACCUGGUAAAGUGGGCGAGAUUCUGCAGAUGUAUUUUCCUGCACUUCUGGAAAGUUCUGCCAAGGUCUUUCUUGAAGUCAAUGGGACAGUGGGCAGUGAUCACUGGAGCAGGAGACGGGAUUGGGAAAGCUUAUUCGUUUGAGCUGGCAAGGCAAGGCCUCAAUGUUGUGCUGAUCAGCCGGACGCUGGGAAAACUACAGGCUGUUGCCGUGGAGAUUGAGCGCACUACAGGGCGGAGUGUGAAGAUUAUACAAGCAGAUUUUACCAAGGACGACAUCUAUGAGGAUAUUAAAGAAGAACUCAAAGGCUUAGAAAUUGGAAUUUUAGUCAACAAUGUUGGAAUGAUCCCCAGCCUUCUCCCGAGCCAUUUCCUUAACACACCAGACGAAAUCCAGAGCCUCGUCCAUUGCAACAUCACCUCGGUAGUGAAGAUGACCCAGCUAAUUCUGAAACACAUGGAGGCAAGGAGGAAAGGGCUCGUCCUGAACAUUUCUUCCGGGGUGGCCCUCUUUCCCUGGCCUCUCUACUCCAUGUAUUCGGCUUCCAAGGCUUUUGUGUGCACCUUUUCCAAGGCCCUGCAAGCGGAAUAUAAGGCGAAAGGAAUAAUUAUCCAGGUGCUGACCCCCUAUGCUGUUUCAACCCCAAUGACAAAGAAUCUCAACACCAGCCUGAUAACCAAGACUGCCGAUGAGUUUGUUAAAGAGUCACUCAAUUACGUCACAUUUGGAGAUGAAACCUGCGGCUGCCUCUCCCAUGAAAUCCUGGCGAGCUUUCUGAGCCUGAUCCCAUCAUGGGCCAUCUACAGCAGCUUGGUCAAGAAGCUACUCCUGACUCAUUACACCAACUACCUCAAGAGGAACGCCAACAUCAGAUAGUCUGGGGGGCCUGAUGGGCCAUCCAGCAUCAUUUUCUUCACCAGGUUCUGCAUUGACUGCAGAGGGUCAAGGAACAGACCAUCACCCAUCAUCCCCUGAAGCUGGAGGUCCAUGCCACAGAUACAGUACCUAGAAUACAAUUUGUGUGCCAAUUAGCUCAUGUUAAAAUCAAGGACAAAUGGUAACAGGCCUUGAAAAUUCCCUGAGCAGAUAAAGCCAGUUUAUUCAUACAAGCAAAACUUAGUUUAGCUUAUUUUGUAAGACUAAAGAUGGGACUCAGGGAAGGCCGCCCCCAAAUAUGUCACGUUGGCAUAUUUAUGAUUUUGAAUUAAAAUUAC